GGCCGGUGGAUGUGUUGGGGGCGGUCGGCUCAGAUUUUCCUCCGCCGCUUCACUUCUCUUCCUCUCAGCACCAUUCACCCGUGGACCGUACCAACCUACAAGUGGUAAAACGCACACAACAUGGCGGAGCAGGAACCCACACCAGAGCAGCUGGCAGCCAUCGCAGCAGCCAAUGAAGAGUGCGAAGGGUCAGUCAACUACAAACCUCCAGCGCAGAAGAGUUUACAGGAGAUCCAGGAGAUGGACAAAGAUGACGAGAGCCUCCGCAAGUACAAGGAGGCGCUGCUGGGGAAGACUGCUGUAGCUGCAGAUCCAAACGCCCCAAACGUCCAAGUGACAAAAAUGACCCUGAUUUGUGAGAGUGCACCAAACCCUCUAGUCCUUGACCUGACGGGAGACCUGAGCACAUUCAAGAAGUGCCCGUAUGUGCUGAAGGAAGGAGUCGAAUACAAAAUAAAGAUCACCUUCAAGGUUAACAAUGAGAUCGUGUCAGGACUGAAGUACAUCCAGCAGUCAUUCAGGAAAGGUGUGAAGGUGGACAAGUCGGACUACAUGGUAGGCAGCUACGGCCCCAGAGCAGAGGAGCCAUACGAGUUUGUCACCACCUUGGAGGAGGCCCCUAAAGGCAUGAUCGCCCGUGGCCUCUACAUCAUCAAGUCCAAGUUCACCGAUGACGACAAACACGACCACCUCUCCUGGGAGUGGGCCAUCAUGAUCAAGAAAGACUGGAAAGACUAACGCCCCAUGCCCUGCGCCCUUCCUGUGGCGUCUUCCUCAGCUUCGCCCCCUUUCUCUCUCCUGCUGUCAAUCCGUUUGUUCUCCACAUCUGGAUUAUGUUCUGAUCCAAGCUUUUGCUCUCUCCGUCCAAUGACACCCACUCAUUCAGUUAAAUUUUCUUCAUUCCAAUCACUCCAUCAUUCCUCCCCAUCAUUUAUGCUUGAUUUGUUUGCACCAGCCCUUCUGUUAAGUAUUACAUCUUUGAAACGGAGAAAGCAAACAUGCACAAUCUACAUUUUUUAGGUUAUUUUUGUUUGUUUAUAAAAUAAAAAUAAGAAAAAAAGUUAAUUGCUCUUGAAAAGUAAUUAUGUGAUUUCUUUGCUGCUUUUUCCCUCCCUUUUUUCCAUCCUUCUCUACAUUUCAGAAGCUUUUGUAUGAUUACCGUGAUCUGCCUUUUGAAAGCAUAGUACAGGGAGCAGUAGUGCUGUAUGUACUGUAUGUGGCCACUGCAUGGUCAUUGAGCAAUCGUUGCUGGACACAACUCUUGGACGCGGCCCUUCUUAAGCCUUUGAGCAGAUUAUUUGUACCAGAGUCUUGGUAAAUUAUUAGGUAUUAAGGCCACCUCUUUAAAGGGCCCAACAAAGUCUGCUGAAAGGGGGCAUAAAAACCUCUACCUCCUAGUUUCCCCCUUGUUUUAUGUGGCUACUUCUCUUCUGAUCAGGGUAUUAUUUUAGCAGCCAUGUGGCCUUAUAGAAAUAACUAAAACAGAACUAAACAACCAAGUUACGCAAGUUGCCUUCCUUUUAUUUCUGCCAGAUCAUCAUGUGGAUUUUUUUUUUAUAACUAUACUUAAAAUACACAGACAGGACAUCAGGAUAUGGAAUUUAACACCUUUAUUUCAGGUUUUAUCAUUUUUAAGAACCAUUACAGCUCUUUUUCAUUGCAGUUUCUUUACAUUAGUCUUUUUAUAGAGCUAAAACAGCUGUACACGUCCCUCUUGUACCUGAGGCCAUAUUUCCACCUUUUAUACGAACACAAGGACUCUCGCUGAUGUUCACUGUGCCUCUGGUCUCUUAAAACCACAUGCUGCUCUUGCUGACUCAGCGGCACUCGCAUUGUCAACACCAGUGAGGCGAUGUGCCGGCUGUGAUCGACUCCUGAACCAGAAUGGAGACCUCAGCCCCACAGCAGACGUCCUGCCAUAAAAACAAGUGUUUUCUUUAUAUCAAACACUCCAUAGAUGCAUGACCAGAGUCCAGCAGCUUCAUUUGGGAAGUUUCUCUCUGUGGGUUUGACUCUGAUGUGUGCUACUUGUGUUACCUGCAGUGUACUGAUCUCCUGUGUUCACAUUAAAUUGUCCAGACAGUC